AUGGAUCAGUCAAUCGCCAAGCUGGAGCUGUCCCUUGAUGGUAAAAUUAACAAUGUUAUCAAGCGCAUUGACGAAGUGGCGGCUUCGUGCGACGCUAUCGGGGUUCGCCAGGCGGAGGCUGAGAGCCGCAUCUCCGCUUUGGAGGACGACAUGACGCCGCUGCAGGCCAGAGUGAAUGAGCUGAUUAAAUCCAAUUCAGAGCUAGCUUCGCAAGUUUUGGAUCUCCAGGCUCGCUCAAGGAGGGAUAAUCUACGCAUUUUGAACCUGAGAGAAUCUGUGGAAGGGUCUAACCCCGUAUUAUUUUUUGAAAAGUUUAUCCCGAAACUUCUACAUUUAUCCGUCUCUGACAUCUCCAUUGACCGUGCCCACCGCACGUUUGGUCCACCUGCGGCUGCUGAUGACCGCCCUCGCCCAGUCAUCAUCAAGUUUCAUCGCUCGAGAGACGUCACCACGGUAUUGUCUGCAGCUAAACGCGCGGGGGACCUGCAGUACGAGGAUCGCCCUCUGCGCAUAGUGCCUGACAUCCCACCCGCGGUGCGACUUAUCAGGAGAGGCUUCAACGACGUCUGCACGGAGCUCAUCAAGAGAAAAGUUCGAUUCAGAAUGGCUUUCCCAGCAGUUUUGUCGUUUGAAAUCAAUGGGAUGAAGAAGUCUUUCACGGAGCCCAAACGAGCCAGGGCUUUCCUCGGGGGUACAGUGACCAACGAGAACAAUUAG